AUGGCGCAAAUCCGUGGCACAGCCGGCUACCAUCUUGGCAACCAGAGCCCUUUCGGCAAUGCUGGGCGAACCGACAACAGCACGAACGACCCGAGUCCGCUGGACCAGUUGAGGGCGCAGACGAGCAAGAUUGAGGACAUGCUGGACACCUUGUCCGACCCCAUCAAGCCAUACCUACCAGCCAUUGGCCGCUUCUUGAUUGUCGUUACUUUCCUCGAGGAUGCGCUGCGCAUAAUAACCCAAUGGCGCGAUCAGCUCACAUAUCUUCACGACUACCGACACAUCUGGAACGGCGUCACACACCUCUUCCUCAUCGUCAACGUCAUCGUCAUGACCGGCGCCUCAAUCAUGGUAAUCGCGCGGAAACACUCGGAAUACGCUGUAGCUGGUCUUAUGGGCGUCGUGGUUUUGCAGGGUAUUGGAUACGGCUUGGUCUUCGACCUGAACUUCUUUUUGCGCAACCUGUCGGUCAUGGGAGGACUGCUUAUGGUCCUUUCUGACUCCUGGGUUCGCAAGAAGUUCGCCCCCGCUGGCCUCCCCACCCUUGACGAGAAGGACAAGAAGAUGUACUUCCAGCUUGCGGGCCGUGUCCUUCUCAUCUUCCUUUUCGUCGGCUUUGUUUUCCGUGGUGAAUGGGGUUUCUGGAGAAUUGUUGCCAGUCUUCUCGGACUCGUCGCUUGUAUCAUGGUUGUUGUUGGAUUCAAGGCCAAGUUCUCGGCGAUCAUGUUGGUGCUUAUUCUUAGCAUCUUCAACCUCUACGUCAACAACUUCUGGAAGCUCCACCCACACCACCCGCACAAGGACUUUGCGAAGUACGACUUCUUCCAGAUCCUUUCCAUUGUCGGUGGUCUCCUUUUGCUGGUCAACAUGGGUCCAGGUCAGUUCUCCGUCGACGAGAAGAAGAAGGUCUACUAGACGAUAUCUACAUUCCGCGACUCGCAUAUCGAUAUGAAUCCUGGGUGCAAGCGUCCAGUGCAUUUGAUAACACGUACCUAUCAUGAGCGACGCAGGACGGCAUCUAUUCGAGCCAGGCGGCAGUACGUUGAGGAGAAACUAGGGACAGGGAUAAAAGCGAAGAUGCCCCAGCAUGGCGUCUGGCAGGCAUGCUAUGUGUAGACUACGAAUAUCCGGCGUUCAUAUAAGGUGCAAUUAGACAGAAUUGCCCCACAUUGGAAA